AUGACUUGGACCCUGAAGGAUCGAUCCCCUCAGCAGCACGAACCUGGCGACCAUAACUCCCGUACGAGCUUUCCCCGGAAGGAGACGCUGCGUGAUUGGCAUCUGGAUGUGGAGCUCUUCCGGCUGCUGCACCUGCCGGUCCAUGCGGAAGGAGAGGAGCUUGAAUUUUUGGAAGGGGAAAUGUGCCGCGGAACAGUAGGUGAUGGGGAAUGUGAAGGAGUAGUGUUCUUAUGGAUAGGUGUUACGGGUGUCGGCACGGAUGGCGGAGUUGGAGUGGUAAUGGUUGAUGAUGGUGCGGGUGCAGGUACGGACGGCGGAGUUGGAGAACUUGGUGCAGUUGCAGACACAGGAGGAGGUGGUGGUGGUCGUGAUUCUUGGUUUCCAGGAGAUGGAGCAACCUUUGGAGGACUAGGUGAUGGUGGCACGACGACGGGUGUAGGUGGCGGCACGACGACGGGUGUAGGUGGCGGCGGAGGGGGAGAUCUUGAAUCCGAUGGUGAGCUAACAGGAGGUGACGAUGCUGGAGGAGGAGAUGCAGGAGGAGGCGGAGGCGGAGAGGUAAGAACACGUGAUGGUGGUGAAGGAACGGGGGAGGCAGCUUUGGGAGGAGGAGGAGAAGGAGGAGGAGGAGGUGGAGGUGGAAUUGGAGGAGGAGGGGAGGCAUUUGGUGGUGGGGUAUUCGGUGGUGCCAACGUUGGCGGCGUAUUCGGUGGAGGGGUGAGUGGUGAUGACUCAGGCGGAGGAGAUGCAGUUGAAUCAGAAGGUUGUAGCGGAGGCGAAUAUGGUGGCGACGGGGAUGGGUUUUCGGACGGAGGUGGACUCUGGGGAGGCGGCGCCGAAGCUGGUGGAGAUGGUGGAGAGGUCGAUGGCGGCGGAGAAGUCGCCUCCGAGGGAGGUGGAGACGUGCUAGCCGUCGAGUUAGAGCUCAGACUCUCAGGAGGUGGAGCCGAAUCUGACAUUUCCUCCUCUUCCUCUGUUCUCUCCUGUUGCUCCUCUCGUCCUCUCCAAACUCAACCGCGCAAAACCAAUCGUUCAUGCAAUCCCUCCUUCUGCAUGCACACGAGAAGACCAGAUUAUGACAUCAGAGACCAAAAACCACGAUGA